AUGUGCAGCGAAGCUGACGACGAAGCAUUGGAUAAUAUACUUACUAAAUUCUGGCAAUUGGAGGAAAUCAAUCAAACGGAUGACAAAUUCACUGAUGCAGAAAAGAAAUGUGAAAAAUCUUUUGCUCAAAAUACUCACCACAAUUAUGAAGGGCGAUUUGUCGUGAAACUACCAUUUAAGGAGGAUACAACUGUUCUUGGUGAAUCCAUGCAGAUGUCGAUGAAUCGGUUUUUUAGUCUUGAACGUUGGCUGUUGAAGAAUUCUGAACUAAAGAAGAUGUACGUUGACUUCAUGCGAGAGUACGAACAUCUCGGCCACAUGGAAAAAAUCAAUCAGGAUGAUAUAAUGCAUCCACAUUACAUUUUGCCACAUCAUUGUGUAAUCAAGGCAGAUAGUACUACAACAAAGCUUCGAGUGGUGUUUAAUGCAUCUGCAAGAACAUCAACCGGAGUCUCACUCAAUGAUAUCAUGCAUAAUGGUCCAGUCGUGUAG